AUGUCGAAGAAGACGGUGCUGAGGGUGGACACCUCCUGCGGCAAAUGCAAGCGCAAGGUCCUGCUCGCCGUCUCCAGCCUCCAAGGUGUGGACAAGAUCGAGAUCGACUCGGAGAAGGGCACGAUGACGGUGACCGGCGGCGUCGACCCGGUGGACGUGGUGGAGGCCACGAGGAGGAAGGCCUGCAAGCGUGCUGACAUCGUCACCAUCGGUUCAGCGACCACGACGGCGCCGUCCAGCUCCAAGCCGGAGGAGAAGAAGAAGCCCGAGCAGAAACCGCAGCAGCAGCAGUGGGAGGAGAAGACGUACGUGGUGGCCGCGGCGGCGGCCGAGAGGAGGGCGCCUGAGCCGCCGAUGACGCUGUACGUGCACCACGUCCCGCCGCCGCCGCACUCGUGGCACCCCGCGUACGAUCAGCAUGGCGCCGUCAUGGCUUACCAGCAGGACCCCUGCUCCAUCAUGUAG